AUGUCAACGCAAACGCCUCUUCCCCGCGUUUCUAUCCAGUUCUGCACCCAGUGCAAAUGGAUGCUAAGAGCUGCCUAUUACGCUCAAGAACUUCUCUCCACAUUCUCAACAGGUCUCGGUGAAGUCGCUCUCCAGCCCUCCACAGGCGGGACUUUCAUCGUGUCCAUCACCCACCAAGCUCCCGGCGCAGAGACAGCCUCGACAAAGACCCUCUGGGACCGUCGCGAAGACGGUGGGUUUCCCGAGACGAAGGAGCUCAAGAGACGGGUGAGGGAUGUCAUUGAGCCUGAAAGAGAUUUGGGACAUGUAGACAGAGAUCAUGGUAAGAAGAAGGACGAGGAGGCAAAGAAGGAAAAGCCGGCGGAAGAUAAGCCAGCUGAGGCUGUGGAUAAGAAAUGUGAGGAUUGUCAGUAG